UACCGAACACCUGGAACCGCAUCCUAGCCGCAAAUUUCGAAUUCUGCAUUACAGUGAUGGUACUGAAAGUUUACAUCAGUACUCUCUCUGGAAGCCUGAAGGUCAAAAAAGAGCAGAUGCUUAUCCUGUCACUGCUUAACGCCAAGAAAGUUGAAUUUAAGGAAAUUGACCUAUCUGAUAUCUCCAAUGAAUCUGAAAAAUGCUCGCUAUUUGAAGAGUUGAAAAAGAAAGAAAAACCUUUAAUUCCACCGCAUAUUUUCUAUGAUGAGGAAUACCUCGGGGGCUAUGAGGAGUUUUACGAGGCAUUGGAAAUGGAAGAACUAGAAUCCUUUUUAAAAUUACCUGGGGAUAAACCUAAACCGUUUUCAGCACUGAUGGGUAGCAGUGCCAGCGAGGCCGGGAGUGAGGAAGAAGAGGAAGAAAAGGCUGAGGAGUCUUCAAGCAACGCCGAAAAGUCUGAUAUUUCUGAGGAGGAAGUAGUCGAUAAAGAUUCUGACAAAGAAAAGGAUAGUGGUCACAAAGAAGAGAAUCAUAAUUCAACUGAAGAUCAAGGAGAGGAGUGUACUGAAAACGAAAGCAGUUCUACUAAACCUGAGAGUAAAAAGUCUGUGGAUGAAAAUCCGGAGAAUGCAGAAGAAGAGAUAGUAACCCCCCUGUCAGUUAAAGACGUUCAGGGCGAGGCGAAGCCUCCGAAAGAUUCUGACGAAAGUUCGGAUGAUUCUUCCGGAGAAUCAGACGCCAAGAAGUCAAAAACAGAGUCAGAUGGUAAUCUGUCAGAACGAUCGAAAUCAAGUUCUCGAAAGCAUUCUGAAAGUUCAUCUGAGGAAUCUGAAGCCAAGACAGAUUCAGAUGAUGGUUCUUCAAAGCACUCUACUUCGGCUUCUCCAAAGAUAUCUACCGAUUCCAAAGCCAAAAAGUCAGAGUCGGAAUCGGAUACUGACUCAUCGUCAGAUCACUCCAAACAAUCUUCAGAAAAGCUUGCAGGGGACACAAAGACUAAAAAUGAGUCGAAAAAUUCGAGCACAAAUGAGUCUGAAUCAUCUUCAGAAUCUGAGUGAACUUUGACCACACCAUUUUCGAGAACUAUCCGAUCGUUUAUUGUUAACUGGUUCAUUUAAUCUAAUUUGUGUAAUCGCUUUAUCGUAUAUUAAUAUUAAAAGCUAUUAGGUUUCAUUCAUGAUAAUUUCUUUAUAGAAAUCACGUUGGGGCGACUGCAACUCAUAACAUCUUUGUUUGACAGAGUAGUGGUGUAGUAAGGAAUUGCAGAAUGAGUAUGAGACAGUUUUGUCAGGCAUUCACAGACACUUUCAUCUAACCGGAGGUAAAUUGAAAACCUCAGUUAUCACCUUACUUGAUUAUUCACCACACUUUUGAUUACUGCUAGGAUCCUGAUCGACAAAUAUUUCCUCCAAUCCAAUAAACGGUUUAAGUAUGCAAAACUAUAAUAAAAACCAACUUUAUUUGUGGAAAUACCUCUUACAUUGUUAUUAGAGACGAUUAUACUGUUACUUCGAAAUUCGGAAGCACCAAUCUACUCAGUUGUCAAUUUAGGUGGAUGCUAUAUGAUUUCAUAUUGAAUUGAUAUGCACGUCACUCAUUUCAGAAUACCAAUUAUCUUAUAGUCAAGGGUAUUGGUAUGGGGUGUAUCUAUUUAAGGGCCAGGUGCAGUAUCUGCAUCUACGAAUAAUAUGACAGAUACUGUGUUCCGUUAGAAUAAGAUAUCCCUGAUAAGAAUAGCGGACAAUUAUCAUACAAGGUCUGUGGAAACAAUUAAAAACAUAUUUUGGGUACUCUAGUUUUCAAAUGUUUACUUCUGCGGGAAGUAAUGUUUUGAUGUGCUGAGUUUCGAAGUUUGAUGUUUCCACGUAACGAGAUAUCAUUCCGACCCCUCAUUACGGAUUAUUUUGUUAUUUAGCGCUACCUGGAUUGGUAAUGUUUAUCUACGCUUGUCGUCCUUCAAAAUCCGAUUAUCGGUCCAUGGGUAAUUCUCAGUUUCAGAAUCUGGGUAUUAUUUUCAAAACAGCCGUAGAUGCAUUUAUUCCUCAUCUUGUAUUCUACAAAUUCACUCCUUCCCAAACCAUGUUUAGUCUCUGUUGCUAUCAGCAUCAAAGAUGUCUCAACCCCCUUCUAUUCAUCUCGUUUAUUUGACUCAGCUGUUCUGAUAUGGCGUGUCGACUUUUUCCGUUACUAAUUUUUUAUAGAUCCUACGAUAGUCAUGACUGAUUUGGAAUUCUUAGUAUUUGCAAUCCCAGAAGACUUCUGUAGCGCCCCACUGUAACAGUCAAAGUCAAAACAGCUAUAGAGUUUUCCAAAUUAGUCAUUGGCUCAUGUAUUUUUAAUAAUUUAUCAGUUCCCCACUUUAUGACGAGUGUAAUAAUUUUAUCUGAUGUGAGUUGUAUAUACUAAUAUUGGCAUCAGUCGGUAUAGAUGAAGUUUGAUGACUAUGGAAUUACAUUUCCUUCUGUAUUAGGACUGAUGGUGUAUAGUUUGUCCAUAUUCUAAUCGUUAGAUACAGGCUUACAUUCGUCAUAAUUAUU